GGCCCUCGUUUGCAGCCGACUGGCUUUCCCCGUCGCAGAACAGAUUGCGCGUGGCGGCAAAUGGACCUCCUUGUCUGCGUGAAGGAGGCGAGAGGCCUCCGCAACACGCAGGUCUUUGGCACGCAGGAUCCGUACUGCACGAUCAAGGUCUCGGGCACCAAGGUUAAGACCAAGGUGCACGCCAAAGGCGGCGUCGAGCCGCGCUUCGAUGCGACGUUCCACAUCCCGAGCGUCGAUGUGAACGAGCCGUUCCAAAUCGAGAUCAAGAACCACUCGAUCCUGCGCAAGGCCCAUAUUGGCAUCUACCGUGCGCCAUUGCAAGAGGCCAUCGCGGCGUCGCUGGGCGCCGAGCACUGGUUCAAACUCGAGCACCGGACCAAGCAUCCGUCGCCCGGCGGCGAGGUGCGCCUCCGCCUCGAGUUGCGCGCUAGCUCCCUCACGCCGCCCGAGCCGCCCGUGAACGGCCACUUUGAGUUUCCGCGGCUGUACAAGAGCCGCGACUACAAGUCGUCGACGUACGAAGCACACGCUGUGGGCUCGACGCCGCCGCAAACACGAUUCCAGCUGCAGUCCAACAACGCAGUGCGGUCCUCGUCAGACCGCCAGACGCCCGAGCGCCACACCGCCUCGGCCCCCGCGUUUAUUCGGCAGGAUCGCCACUCGGUGCCGCCCGAGCUUGCGCACGAGGCCGAGUCGUUGCCGGCCAAGACACAGCAGUACCAUACACCACCGCAGCAUGCAGCCCCGCCACCGUACGCAUCGGCGACGAUCCCGCGACUGCCACCACGAAGUCUGCCAUCCCAAAUGAGCUCUGGUAGCAAUCACAGCAAUCACAGCAGUGGCUGGGCGCGCCAAGCUUCAGGCGAGAGCUCGACCGACGAGCGGUCCACCGUGCGGCCGCCACUGUACGCGAUUCCAAACCCGGACGGCGACGGCCGCCUCGUAUAUAUGGAUCCGAACGGUCCGCCCGGCAGCUUCCGCGGCACGUUCCCGGUGCCGGCCGACGCCCCCGUGAACGACAUAGCGAGUAACAGGGCGCGCCCCGUCACAACAUCGAUGGACGAGAUCGACUGGGCGGGGUACGAAGAGCUCCAGGUGUACCGCCACUUGUACAUUUACCCGUCCAUGGUCAAGAUCAUCCGGUCGCUCCAGAGUGACUACAUGAAGACGGAGCUUGCGCACUACGGCGGCACGCUCGCGAUGGUCAAGAGCCUCAAGUUUCCGGAUGAAAAGGAUGCGCUCGUCAAGGAGAUCAUCUCGCUGAGCAAGGUCGACUGCCCCAAAGUGCUCCGCUUCAUGGGCUUUUACAUCUCGCCCACCGCGGGUCUUUGCUGCGUCACGGAGAACCUCGCGGGCAACCCGCCCGACUUGCGCGCGCUUCUGAACCGCCCCAAGCCCGGGCUGACGUGGCACGACAAGCUGCGCAUCGCGACCGAGGUGGCCGAGGCGCUCGUGUACAUGCACGCACAAAAGCCGAUCAUGAUCCAUCGCAACAUCAAGGCGGCGUCGGUGAUCCUCGGGCGGCGCCGCGAAGCCGUGCUGAGUGGCUUUGGCUGCUGCCGCGACCGCAGCUACGAUCAAACCAUGACGUCGGGCGUCGGCGACGUGCAGUGGUCCGCGCCCGAGAUGCUCAUGGACGGUGACUACGCCGAGCGCGUCGACGUCUACUCGUUUGGCGUCCUCCUCGUCGAGCUCGACACGCACGAGAUCCCGUUCUUGGAAGAGAGCGAGACGUACCCGCGCAGCGACUUCAUUGGGAUGCUCGUCACGGGCCGCCUCCGCCACCGGCCAUCGGCGUCGUGCCCUCCACCGAUCCGAGACAUCGUCGCGCUCUGCAUCCAGCACGACCCCGGCCUCCGCCCCGACAUGCGCCAAGUGCUCGGUCUCCUCCAAGCUGUCGCAUUAAGUUAAACAAUAUCGUAGUGUCCUAUGUUUAAUUGACCAAAUUGUGUCGACGUCGAGCCAAGAUAUCGAAGCUCGAAUCGGAUUGGCUGCAUUUUAACCAAUGAAAGCGCCGGAUCUUGAUCGAG